CCCAAACCCGCACACACACACACACGUACAAUCAUUCACAAACAAUGAGUCUUCCUCGUUUACCGGCAGUGCGCGACAUUAUUAAGCUGUAUGGACUCUCUGCAAGAUCACAACUGAGUCAGAAUUUCAUUCUUGAUAAAAACAUUACAGACAAGAUCGUUAGAACCACCGCCAUGAAUGCCAAAACGCCUUUGGUAUUAGAAGUGGGUCCAGGUCCGGGUUUAUUAACACGAUCUAUUCUGGAUGCCGAUGCGAGGAAUGUGGUGGCGGUGGAAAAAGACGACCGAUUCAUUUCUGCUCUCAAGCAAUUGGCAGAAUCAUCCGGUGAUCGAUUAAAGGUGUUACAAGGAAAUAUGCUGACGAUACCCGACGAAGAGAUCCUAUCAGCUGCAAAACUCGGACCAGCCAAUCCGAUGGAUUCCACCGACCCGAUUCAUAUUAUUGGCAAUUUGCCCUUCAAUGUAGCCUCGCCAUUAUUGAUUCAAUGGCUACACAAACUUGCUGGCAGACAAGGGCUUUUUGGCCUCGGAGAUGCGUCUGUCUGGAUGACACUCAUGUUUCAAAAAGAAGUCGGUCAACGAUUAUCGGCCGAAGUUUCUACGCAGCAUCGAGGACGAUUAGCUGUCAUGACGCAAAGCCUCUGUCAAGUUAAAACGGUCUACACUGUUCCAUCGACGGUGUUUGUUCCACAGCCAAAGGUGGACGCAAGUGUGGUUCAACUUGUACCUAAACCGGCUUUCCACAUUGGUGAUACCGCAGGCGUGUAUCUUACCCUCGAGAAUAUAUUGCGCUAUUUCUUUACCAAGCGUCGCAAGACGGUCGGCCACAUUUUGAAUCGAUUAAGCAAAGAGAUGCCUAGAGCCAAAGAAGCCAUUGCAGAAGCCGAAGUGGGAUUAGACAAGAAAGCACGUCCAGAAGAUAUUUCCACCGACCAAUUCUGUCAGAUGGCCAUGAUUUUCCACCGACAAAACAUUGUUGAUCUACCCCUGUGAGUUUCGUGAACCAUUGAAAUUUCAUCAUGCAUCUUGUAUAUAGAUUCCAUUUUUAUUGCAUUUUUUCUAUAGAAUACAACUUUUUACCUACAGCAAAUCAUCUCUUUAGAUUGGAUCGUAGUUGAUUUACUGCGAGCAUUAACAUGAAUUUUUAUAUAAGGU